UGCAAUGAGUACUUAUAAACCUCUGGACAUUAACUUACAUAACAAAAAAAGGUAUCUACAAAGACCUGAGCUGCCCUACCAGGGAAGUGGUAGCUCAGCGGUUAAGACGGUGGAUUUCUGCUCAGAAGGUUGAGAGUUCAAAUCCCAGCACUGCCAAACUGCCACUGUUCGGCCCUUGAGCAAAGCGCUUAGCCCUCAACUGCUCAUCUGUAUAAAUGAGAUAAUUGUAAGUCACUCUUUAUAAGGGUGUCUGCCAAAUGCUGCAAUGUAAUGUAACUGAAAAAACAACCAAAAAAAGGGCAACAAGUGAACAAAUACAUCAAUUUAACAAAGUAAACAGUAUGUCCGAAAGAACUCUGGGAGGUGCUCAUGCAGAUCUGCAUCACUGACGAAUACAGCACUGUGAGAAAAGAGGAAAUGACAGAAUUGAUAAAGCUGAAAGACAGCAGACUGCAAAUAGAGAAUCAGUAGAACUUUCCUUCUUGAGAUAGACAGAGCACAUUUCAAUAGAAGUAAAGGAGUAGAAGUGACGUGACGCUGAAUUUCAUUCCAGGAUGAAGAUCCUCCUCAUCUUCAUCCUCUACCUUAUCUCAGGUCCAGUAGACUGCUCUGAUGUGAUUGGUUACUCAGGAGGAAGUGUCACUAUGAUAUCUAAUAUCAACUGGUACACAAGCAAUAGUAAAUAUAUCUGUAAGGUGAAAGAAAACGACUGCAUUGAUAUAAUACGUGCUGAGACCAAACGCCACCAAACACAAGAAGGAAGAUUUAAAUUGUAUUCAAACACAAAUAACUUAUUCCUAGUACUGAUCAGAAAGCUGAAGCCACAGGAUGCUGGAACAUACAGAUUUGGAUUGGAGAAUCAGAGCAACGCCACGGUGAACCUAAAAGUUGUUAAUGAUUCUUGUUGUGCUGGGACAAAAUUAAAGACAGCUUAUGUUGGGCAGAAUAUCACCAUCACAUGUAACUAUCCAGGGGAGUAUGAAAGAAACAUCAAGUAUGUCACCAAACUGGAUGACGACAUGAAUAUUCAAAACGUUCUUGAUACUGACAAAAAAUUUCAGAACGGAAGAUUCUCCAUUUCUGAUGACAAAAGUGCUAAAGUUCUCAGAGUGAACCUCAGCGAUGUGAGAGAAGCUGAUGGAGUAUUUUAUAUUUUUGGAGUGUGGAACAAAGAUGGGUCAGUCGGAUAUUACUCUUACUUUACAGAUAUUCAGCUGCAUGUAACAGGUACAAUAGGAUUGAGCACAAGCAUUCAACCAACAACAACAACAGGCACCGACAUGACGACCUCAGCAGCACUGACAGAAACUCCAUUUGCAGUGUGUUUCAGUUCCUCUGCCAUCAUCAUCGGUGUGUGUGUCUGUGUGGCUCUGCUGCUGAUUGGAGGAUUUGCACUGAUGAUCUACAAACUGAGACACAAGAGAACACAAGAUUAUACACCUUCAUCCAAGUGUAAAGACAAUAAACCAGUUACUUCUGAUCAUAACACCGAUUCAGCUAAUUUGUACGAAAAUUUCAGAAUGAGCUCAAUAUGAAUCUGCACCAGGACACAAACCAAUCAGACUGUUGAGCUGUUAUUCUUAAUGUUCUGAGCUGCCUCGUAGUGCCUCAACUCCCAAUGCUGUAGUGUGUCUCUCUUCAGCUCUUUAUAGGACUGUAACCUAAAAAAGAAUGCUGAUCAUAAAUCCAUGCCAGUUUGAUCAGGUGCAGUUUCUGGAGGACUGCUAGCCAGUUUCUCUCUCUCUCUCUCUGUCUUUCCCUCUCUCUCUCUCUGUCUCUCUGUCUUUCUCUCUCUCUCUAUUGCUGUCUGUCUCUCUGUCUCUCUCUUUCUCUGUGUCUCUCUCUCUUGCUCUCUUUCUCCCUCUCUCUCGUUCUCUGUCUUUCUUUCUCUCUCCCUUGCUCUCCUUCUCUCUCGCACGCGCUCUGUCUCUCUCUCUAUCACUCUCUUUGUUUCUUGUAGUUUUUACAUUUGUUUAGUUAAAUAUAAAGUGAUGAUUGUGAGCAAGGUGUUAUGAAACUUAUUAUCUAUAUAAAUGAAACAGUAUCGAUGUAUAAUGACUGAUACAUGAUGUUAUUAUUAUUAUUAUUAUUAUUAUUAUUGUUGUUGUUGUUGUUGUUGUUGUUGUAAUGAUUACUUAAUUAAUUGUUUCUUAACUAGUUAUCCAUUUUAUAUCAUGACAUUACUGUGCUUUAUGCUGAUCUGUUAUAGGAGUUACUUUAUUACAGUUUAAAUAUGAACCUAUCUAGUGCUGUGAUCUCGUUCAACACAUGGUACAUUCUGUUUUAAUUACGCUGUUGAGGCUUAAGAAGGAGAGCUAUAUUCGAAAUAACUGUCUAUAUCUAAUUGUGUAUUUCUGUUAUAUGUCAGUGAAAUUCUCUAAAUCAAUAAAAACACACUUCCUGUCCUUUAAACACAGCAUUCAUUUUUCUCAGCGCUGUAAGUGGAGCCUGUCCCUUCUUAUUUGAUCUAAAUACCUUGUUUUAUCUAAAGAGAACAUUUGUUCAAAUGAAAACUAUUUUUAUACUGUAUAGAAGAGCUUUGGGGUCAGGGACUAUUUUGUGAAAAACAGUUGUUUCUUGGCCUUAAUUAAAAAAUGCUGAUUUAUUUUAUAUAUUUAUUUUUACCAGUAAAGGGGUUGAAACUGAAACACUAACAUCCUCUCAUGCUGAAAAGGAAAACAGGGUGUGUAAAUGUCUAUAGGAGUUCCAGUUUACAUGAACAUGAUAUGAGCAGAGCAUAAGGACAGCUAAUGUACUUUGCAUUGCACUGUAGCAGCUAAACACAUACAAUGAUAGCUUAGUUGUACCUCGCCUUAGCUUACGACUCCAAACUAGCCUAGUCUCCUGUUAGAUAGGCAAAAAGUUUGAUAU